AUGCCCGAGCGCCCGUUCUACCAGUUGGACCUGGCCUCCCUGUCUGGGCUCUUUACCUACGGCCUGCUGUUGAGUCUCCUGCUGCCGGUCUUUGUCAAUAACAUUGUCCACGACAAGCAGGAGCGCCUGCUGUCGCUCAUGCGCAUGAGUGGUCUGCGCAUGCGCGUGUACUGGAUUGUCAACUACCUGUUCAACUAUUCGCUCUACUGCCUUGUGCUGCUGAUUACGGUGCUGGUGUCGGUGUCGUUCGGCAUGAAGAUGUUUACCGAGACCAGUCCGGUCGUCUACCUGACGAUCUACCUCCUCUGGGGCCAUGCGCUGGUCUGCUUGUCCUUCCUCUUCUCCACGCUGCUGACCAAUUCCAAGACCGCCACGAUGAUCGGCUAUCUGAUUGUGAUUAUUGGUGUCAGCUCGUCCAACCUCCUGAACUUGACUGUCUUCCUCGAGACCAGCCCGCCUUUCCUCUACUUCCUGUACCCGCCCUUUGCUUUCUACCGGUCGGUGUACCUCAUGGGCCUGGCGUGUAUUGAGCUCCGGUGCAUGCCGACCAGCACCUUGACCGAGUUCAAUGAAAUUUGGCAGAUCAUCAUCUGCCUGACCCUGCAAUGCUUUGUCAUGUUCGGCCUGACGGUGUAUCUGGACCGCGUCUUGCCCGAUCAGCAUGGCACCCGCCGCGAUCAUCCGCUUUUCAUUGUCGACACCCUCCUGCGGCCGUUCGGCCUCGGGCCCUACUUCUCGACUGAGGAGCCAGGUGCCCCCACCAAGAGCUCCACUCUGGGAGCCGAUGCCAGUGUCAACUCCUCGGCCGAGGCGCUCCUUGGCGGGCAGGCGGACGAGGACAAUGAUGAGGAGGCCUUCGGCGGCGAGGAUGCCCCUCUUCUGGCUGGGCAGCCCGGCGCCUCGCGGCAGUCAGCCAGUCUCUUUGGCAUCAGCCUGCCUGGAGGGGGCGCCGGGGCCGCCGGGCGGCCGCUGACCCCGCGUGAGCUGCGCAUUCUCGCCGAGGCGUCAGCCAGCCGUCCCUUCGAGGAUCCGGACUGCCGGGCCGAGCGUGCCACCGCUCUGGCGGCUGCCGGGUCCCCAGCUGGCCCGGGCGAGUUCCCGAUCCUGCUGGCCGGCGUGGGGAAGACCUACUACCCGACCCCGGGCCUGUCGAUGGCUGGCCUGCGGGAGUGCUUCGGUCUGGCCACGUCGGGCGAUGUGCCAGCCGCCGCCGGGCCGAAGGUCGCCGUGGCUGAUCUCUUCCUGGCCGUGCCAAAUGGCCAGUGCUUCGGCCUGCUUGGUCCCAAUGGCGCGGGCAAGACAUCGCUCAUCAGCGUGCUUACCGGCCUGGCUCCUGCCUCGCAGGGGGCCGGGCACUGCUUUGUCGCCGGGUUCCCGCUCACAUCGAUCGACGCCGUGCAGCGUCACAUCGGUGUGUGCCCGCAGUUUGACAUCUACUAUCCGGAUUUGACGGUGGAGGACCAUUUGCUGUUCUUCGCCCGGCUCAAGUGCUCGGCUUCCGACAUCUCCACCGUCAUGACCAUGCAGGCCACACAGCAGAGCUCGCCCUUCCAUGCCUUGGCCGUCAGCGCGGCCCAAUCGGUGGAGCUAUAUCCGGAGCACUAUGGCAAGCGGGCGUCCGAGUUGUCUGGCGGCAUGCGCCGGCGACUGUCCCUGGCGAUCGCCCUGCUCGGAGACCCGCGCGUGGUCAUUCUCGACGAGCCGACCGGCGGCCUGGACCCCUCGACCCGGCGCGAAGUCUGGAAGACCAUUCGCCAUAUCUCACGCAACCGUGUCAUCCUUCUAACCACGCAUUCCAUGGAGGAGGCCGAGGCCCUGUGUGGCCGGGUGGGUGUCCUGUCCCAUGGCAGCCUUCGCGCGAUCGGCACGCCGGUGCACCUGAAGCGCCGCUACGCCAGCUCCUAUGCGCUGACCCUCUCGCUGGUGGGCGCUGUCGACUUGGCCCGCAAGAGCCGGUCCAACAUGGACCUGGACAGUGAGGUGUCCCCGAUGGCGGUUCUUUCCGAUGAGGAGAUCCGCGAGCGUGUGCUCCUUUGGGUGGCCGGCAAUUUCCCGACGGCGGUCCCCCUGCCGGAGGAGUCCCUCAACCGGACACUCUGUUUUGAGGUUCGGGCCUGCCUGCCAGCCCCCGAGCCGGAGGGGGACGCCUCCGCGAAUGGCCCGCCGGCUGCCUCGCCGACCACCGGUCCUGAUGGGGAAUUCGUCCUGAGCAAGGCCUUCCAUUUGUUGACGCAAUUGUCCUCCCUCGGGCCCGGUGGGGUGUCUGGCGACUCCCCGCGCGACACGGCCCUGGCUUCGGUCAUGGGUCUGGUGCAGGACUGGAACCUCUCGCCGGCCUCACUGGAGGAGGUGUUCAUGCGUAUCGUCCGCCAGGAAGGCCACUUCCGGGCAUAG